AUGGCGCAAGCAACGAAAGAUAGUUUUCUCGACUUGGAAAAGUAUCGUCAACAACUCGAGGAUAAUAUCGCAAAACUACGAAAAUCGUUGCAGCACUGGCAGACUUGGGAUGCUGAAUAUGAUGGUUUGAAGGAAGAAAUCCUCUUGGCAGAUUCUACUCCAAAUCGUGAUGAACUCAUUUCGAUCGCACGAAAUUAUGAAGCCGAUUUGGUUAAAGGGAAAGAGAUUGAAGAAAUAUUAGGUACCGGAGCCCAAAGAACCGCUGAACAGGUUGUGAAUUUGCUGGAUCGCCGAUUAGACUAUGUCCAGCAAAAUAUCAAAACAAUCGAGAAGCAGAUUGAAACCGCAGAGGAGAAAUUGGUCAAAGCAACUAUCAUUAGUACGCCAGACGUAAGAAAUGAAGAGGGACUUCCUGUAACGGAAAUCACUGAAGAGUUGGACGAUGAGGGCAAUGUCAUUUCUUCGAGAUUAUCAACACCUGGAAGUGUUAAACCGCAAUUGUUGGAGGUGUUGAAAAAGGCUGGGAUAAUAGAACCGAUGUCAAAGGAUGAAUCAUCUAUUGCAGAGGAAGUUGAAGAUGGAGCAACACCUAGCAAAGCUUCAAGCCAGACCGAAACUAUACCACUACCAACGAAACAGAAGACCGUCGAUACGAAACCCAAAUCAUCCGCCACAUCUCAAAAGACUGCUCAGAAGAGCGUGACGUUCACAAACGACUCAAAAACAGAGUCGGCCGAAUCGAAACCAAUAAUAUCGUCGGCAGCAAAGCGCCUUCAAGAGCUUAUGCAAUUUGCGAAAGAUUCGGAGAAGCUAUCAUCUGAACCCGCCGUUAUACCUACCGAUGAGUCUCCCGAAGAUGCCGCUUUACGGCGAGAUAUGUUACAGUAUGGUAUGUCGGAAGUUGGAUCUUUGGUGGCAGAGAUAAACUUGGAAGAUGGGAGUGACUGGGAAUCUGAAGAUUACGCGGACGAUUCUGAUAGCGAUGACGACGAGGAUCAAUUUGGCAAAUCAACACAUCAAGUUGUGGACGACGAACUCCGCCAACGUAUGAUUGAACUCGAAGAAAAACUUGGUGUCAGGAUGUUGGAGAAUGUUGGAAAGAGUGCAGAUGAUUAUGGUAUGGUCCAAGAAGGAAUUGGCCGCAUAUCUGUCAGUGGUGAAGAUAUCAAGGAUGCUGGCAAGGGAAUUCUCACAACAUCUGGUCAAGAGAAAUUGACGAACUCGAAGUCUGACAAAUUAAUUCCCUCUGAUGACUCUUCAAAGAAAAGUGUCAGAUUUUCGGAGGAACUAGAUAUAUCACCAGCUCCAGAGCAACCUAUCGCCUCCUCAAAGACGAAGGUUAAGACUGCUCCAGUCGGAGAUAUAGUAGAGAGAAAAGCCCCAGGGCAAUUGCACUCCGGUCCUCCAGUACAAAAGAAGGCUUCCCGCUUCAAGACGUCUCGAGCUCCGCUGAGUAAUAGCACUAAUGGUGUUUCGGCUGCCACCUCGACUGCCGCAAAUCCUUCCUCUUUGAAAUUAUUCCCUGCCACUCCAGCUACUCCCAAACCAUUUUCUCAACCGAUCCCCUUUGCACCAGCGAUCGAAAACCCUCGCACAGUUCCCACAGGACCUGCAAAUCGUACACUUGCCCCUGAAAUCAUUGAACGAGAUGUUCUACUUAACACCGAUGCAGCCGCACCUGAUGAAUUUGAUUCACAAUUAUUACAUCAAGAAGUUGCGACCGAAUAUCAUCGAAUGAGGAACAGGAUGAUAGGCAAACAAGGUGGCUUCGCUCAGGAGGAAGAGAGUGAGAUUGUACCAUUUACGGAAGAAGAGGGAGGUCCCAAAAAAGUUAGUAGGUUCAAAGCAGCGAGGUUGGCGAAAUCUUGA